AUCUUUUCAACCACUCCAUCAACCACCUCAUCACCCAACCAUCAACGCAACCCACCCUAAUCAACACCGGCAACACCAGCACCAACACCAACACUAGCAGUAGCUCACACAUUCAACUGAUCACAGAGGCACUCGACCUACGCUACUCCUGCCCUUCUUUUCACUCUUAUUUCACACGCGACCCUUGUUUCCCUUAGUCUCGUCGUGUUGACCUGAUCAAACACCCUUGCUAUCCCUCUAUUUUUCAUCCACCCAACACCGCCCAAUGGCCGCCAACCAGCAACAGCAUAUGGCGCACGAGAACGACAGCUGGAAAAAGCAGCUCGAUUUGCCCACAAAGGAUUCCCGCCCACAAACUGAGGAUGUCACCGCGACCAAGGGCAACGAGUUUGAAGACUAUUUCUUGAAGCGCGAGCUCUUGAUGGGAAUUUUCGAGGCUGGAUUCGAGCGCCCGUCUCCUAUUCAGGAAGAGUCCAUACCCAUUGCUCUUGCAGGAAGAGACAUCCUUGCUCGAGCCAAGAACGGCACCGGCAAGACAGCAGCCUUUGUUAUUCCCUCGCUUGAGAAGGUCAACCUGAAAAAGAACAAGGUCCAGGCACUCCUCCUCGUUCCCACGCGCGAACUGGCCCUUCAAACCGCUCAGGUCUGCAAGACCCUGGGCAAGCACAUGGGAGUUCAGGUCAUGGUCACCACAGGAGGCACCACUCUCAAGGACGACAUCAUGCGUCUCGGUGAGGCCGUCCACAUUAUCGUCGGCACACCUGGUCGCAUCCUGGACCUGGCUGGAAAGGGUGUCGCUGAUCUCAGCGAGUGCGCGACCUUCGUGAUGGACGAGGCCGAUAAGCUUCUCAGCCCCGAGUUCACACCUGUCAUCGAGCAGUUGCUCACAUAUCUCCCAAAAGAACGCCAGGUCAUGCUCUAUAGUGCUACCUUUCCUAUGAUCGUCAAGACCUUCAAGGAUAAACAUAUGGUCAAGCCCUACGAGAUCAACCUGAUGGACGAGUUGACAUUGCGUGGCGUUACCCAGUACUAUGCCUUCGUGGAGGAGCGCCAAAAGGUCCAUUGCCUCAACACUCUCUUCUCCAAGCUCCAAAUCAAUCAAUCCAUCAUCUUCUGCAACUCGACUAAUCGCGUGGAGCUACUGGCGAAAAAGAUUACAGAGCUCGGAUACUCUUGCUUCUACUCCCACGCAAAAAUGCUGCAGUCGCACCGUAACAGAGUUUUCCAUGAUUUCAGGAACGGGGUUUGCCGCAACUUGGUCUGCUCUGAUCUCUUGACUCGUGGUAUCGACAUUCAGGCUGUCAACGUCGUCAUCAACUUUGAUUUUCCCAAGAACGCCGAGACCUAUCUUCAUCGUAUCGGACGCAGUGGUCGUUUUGGUCAUUUGGGUCUAGCCAUCAAUCUGAUCACGUACGAAGAUCGCUUCAACCUGUACAAGAUUGAGCAAGAGCUCGGAACUGAGAUCCAGGCCAUUCCUCCCGUCAUUGACAAGAGUCUGUAUGUCGCGCCUUCUGCUCUUGAUGACAAUGAGCACGAAGAACAGCAAAAGCAUACCCAACAGCAACAGCAGUUCCAGCAACAACAGCAGCAUCAGAACCACCAUCAGAACUUUCCACAACAGCAGCAGCGUCAGCAAUAUCAACAGCAUCAACAGUAUCAGCAGCACCAAAGCCACCACCAGAACUUCCAGCAGCAGCAGCAGCAGCAGCAGCAACAGGUGCAGCAGCAGUAUCAGCAGCAGCAGUUCCAUCAGCAUCAGCAACGAUUGCAGCAACCGCGUCGCUAGCGCCGUUCGUUACUAUUUUUUUUAUUGUUAUUCUGUC